GGAGUGCGCAUGCGCGGGCUGUGGAAGCGGAAGUGAGCAUCAUGUCGGUGGAGGACCCGUUCUUCGUCGUUAAGGGGGAGGUGCAGAAGGCCCUCUCCCGGGCUCGUAGCCUCUAUGACCGGUGGGAGGAGCUGCUGCAGGACGGGACCCAGGUCAGUCGGGAUGAGCUGGACUGGAGCACCAAUGAGCUGAGGAACUGCCUGAGGGCCAUCGACUGGGACCUGGAGGACCUCAGUGAAACCAUCAGUAUCGUGGAGUCGAAUCCAGGGAAGUUCAAACUGGAAGACAAUGAACUUCUGGAGCGGAGAGACUUUGUGGAGCGAACCAGGAAAUCUGUCCAGGAGAUGAAAGAUCAGUUGUCCAGCCCUUCUGCCGUAGCUCAGGCAGAGAAGAAGAACAGGCAGGCUCUGCUGACUUCAACAGGCCAGGACAAGUCAACCAGACUGGAGGCUCAUCUGGUGUCCUCGAAUUCCAGAUACAUCCAGGAUCAACAGGAGCAACAGCAGCUCAUCGUGCAGGAGCAGGAUGAACAGUUGGAGUUGGUGUCGGGCAGCAUCAGAGUCCUCAAAGACAUGUCAGGACGUAUUGGAGACGAGCUGGACGAACAAACAGUACCUGACGGGACAGACGUGUAUACACCUUUAAGACCCAGAGAGACGUGUGUGUGCCUCUCAUCCACCGUGUCGUCCUUUUCAAGACACGUGACUGGUGAAACACAAAUCAGGAUUCGUUGAAAUACUCAUGGGAGAUGUAGUUUGUUUGUUUUCAGGCCCCUUAGGGGAGCCAUGUUGAAGCUGGGUGCAACAGGAUUUGACCAAGGCUCAGUCAUUAGAGACUUGUUAAAGGAGGAAGAGGAGGAAGAGGAGGAAGAGGAAUCUUGGUUUUAUCUCUUUGUUUUAAUGUUCAUGAACUUUAAGGAGAAGUCAUUGAUUUACAAUAAAAGCCAAAUGUUUAAGCUUUAAAAUGUUUACUCUGCUUCAGAGGCUGAGAAAUUUAAAGGUUUAGUAAAUGUAUUCAAUGUUGUCAGCUCUUCAGAAAACUCUCAGGUUUCAGGUGGUUUAUAUUUAUAUUUAUGUUAUUGUCCUAAUGGGUCAAAAUGUCCUCUGAAGACGGACACUCCUGAUGAGCCUUCCUCUUCAAGCUGUGUGUUUAUUUGGGAAGAUUCCUAUUCAUGUUUCCUGUAACUUUCCAGUGUCUGGACUUGUUUGGUCAACACACACACACACUCACACUCACACUCACACACACACAGACACACACACAGACACACAGUGAUGUUUGUUUGUUGUAGCAGAAAGUGUCAGUGAACGGUGACUAAUCACCCUGGUGAAAACACACUGAGGGCUGAGCAGAAUAAACACAGGCAGCGUGCCCCCACACUUCAUCACCUUGUUGUCGUCAGUGCACACUGACUCACCUCAAGUCAUGAGAAAGGAAAUGUUACUAUAUGUCUUACUGAGCAACAGCGCCCCCUGCAGCCACACGUGGUGAAUCAUUCUUUGCGGCUGCGUUUCGUGAAUAUCUGCAAGAGUUUGUGAGCUGCUAAUUUUAGCCACAGAACAAAAAGGAGAAAGCUGAGUUUGAGCAAUAUGCGCUUAAAGCAGAGUAUUGUGGGUUUUUUUUGUGUGACACUAAAGCUUU